GGCUCUUUUAGCGAGUGCGUCAGAGGGCAGCACGAGGCGCAGUUCGGUGUUUUCAGGGAUUACACCAUCUAACGUGACUUGUGCCAAGGACGACGCACCUAUCGAAAUGCGAAUACCUGUGCAGCCUCCUUCUGUUGGAAUUUUCUGGAAGGAAACUGCAGCCUGGAAGGAUGGAUGCAGAGUGCCGGCACUGCUUUGUACAUAGCUUUGCUUAGGAAGUGAAGAUUAAACCUGCCCUCGGGGUGUACACCGGGACGGAUUGAGCGUAGUGCUUAUGAUUUCAUGUAUUUUUGCUGAACUUGUAAAAGAGGAACUUGGAUGAUGGAUUAACAAGAACACUGAAAUUCUGUGAAAAGUUUCAAAUUGGAGCAUAUUGAAUUUUCACCCUAGUCCAGCAGCUCUGCUGCUGACGUAAAUACAGAUGAAUGAAGACCCCAUUCGGGAAGACACCUGGCCAGCGGUCCAGAGCUGAUGCAGGCCAUGCUGGUGUAUCUGCAAGCAUGAUGAAGAAAAGGACGUCCCACAAAAAACAUCGGAGCAGUGUGGGGCCGAGCAAACCUGUGUCCCAGCCCCGGCGGAACAUCGUAGGCUGCAGGAUUCAGCAUGGGUGGAGAGAGGGGAAUGGCCCUGUCACCCAGUGGAAAGGAACCGUUCUGGACCAGGUGCCUGUAAAUCCUUCUUUGUAUCUUAUAAAAUACGAUGGAUUUGACUGUGUUUAUGGACUAGAACUUAAUAAAGAUGAAAGAGUGUCUGCGCUCGAAGUCCUCCCUGAUAGAGUUGCAACCUCUCGAAUCAGUGACGCACACCUGGCCGACACAAUGAUUGGCAAAGCGGUGGAGCACAUGUUUGAGACCGAGGAUGGCUCUAAAGACGAGUGGAGGGGAAUGGUCUUGGCUCGUGCCCCUAUAAUGAACACGUGGUUUUACAUCACCUAUGAGAAGGAUCCUGUCUUGUACAUGUACCAGCUCUUAGACGAUUAUAAAGAAGGCGACCUUCGCAUUAUGCCUGAUUCCAAUGAUUCACCUCCAGCAGAAAGGGAACCAGGAGAAGUUGUGGACAGCCUGGUAGGCAAACAAGUGGAAUAUGCCAAAGAAGAUGGCUCCAAGAGGACUGGCAUGGUCAUUCACCAAGUAGAAGCCAAACCGUCUGUCUAUUUCAUCAAGUUUGAUGAUGAUUUCCAUAUUUAUGUCUACGAUUUGGUGAAAACAUCCUAGAUGUCAUCAUGAACUUUGCCAAAUUUGUGGAACUAUUAAAUGUAUAAUUUGUAGACAUAAAGACUCGAUCGCUUUCCAGUUUAAUGAAAGCUUAAAUGUCCCUGCGAACCCACAAUCUCUGCCAGCAGAACUGGUUUUGUUCUGAAUAGUACAGAUUUAUGUGACCACAAAGCAUUUUGUGUACGGAACUCCUUCCUCUUAAAGGAAGUCUGUCUGUCUGGAGGGGAGUUACAGGCAAGUUUGGUCAAAGUUAAGCUAGUAUCAUAGUCAUUUAAAACUGUAAUGGAUCUUAUCCAUUUUCCCCUUCACUCUUAACACUCUCUUCUUAGUCUGCUGCCACAAUGCAAGCAUAGUUUGGUAUUUUUGUUAUUGCCUUUUUUGAGAUAUAUAUGUAUCUAUAUCUACCUACCUAUCUAUAUCUGUGUGUAUACAUAUGUAAUGUAUAUACACACACAUAGAUCUGUGCACGUGCACACACACACACACGUCAUUGGCAGUCCUUUCUUUGUGGAUUGGGACAGGGGCUAAAUAAUUUUCUCCAGUUUAACAGGAGUGCUUGACCCAAGUCAGUCAUAUUAGUAUAUUACUGCUGUUUAUUUAAAAUUAAAUUUGGGCACAGGAAGCACAUAGGGAUGUUCAGCUUGUUUGAAAAUCAGAAGUUCAGAGCACCUUUCAAUCUGGAGGCUUUAAACCAAAAGUCGAAACAUGAAUCACUUGUGAACAGUUAAUGACCCACCUUAGAAUUUUACAAAACAGUUAGAAAUCUGGGUAAAAGGCUGCCUUUAAUUCUAAGCUUUGUAAAUUUUUUUGUUUACUUUUUUUUUUUUUUUUUUUGUCAUAAAUACUUGUUUUGGAAAGCCCAGGUGCUUGGUCCACACAGUGUAGUGCAGGUGUGUUCUGGACAGCACAUUUGGUCCAUGAUUUGCACACAUCAGUCAUCUGGAGUUUCACACACAGAUUUAAAGGCAGCAGAACACCAGUGGUCUGUGUGUGUGUGGUAAGUUCCGGGAAGAGCACGGUGCGUUUAUAUUAGAAAUGUCCGUUUCAGUGGCAUGUUGCCUUCUAACAAGUUCUCUGGGACACUUUUAUUCUUAUUGCAUUAUUACUGAUGUAUGAAUGGUCAGAAGGCUUUUCCCCACAGAGAGAGUCGAGGCAGGUGGCAACUGAGGUCUGAUGCCUCUGGUGCGGUCUGCUCUUGCUCAGGUGUGCUGUCCACGUGGGUGCGUUCAUUCAGUGGACCUGCCACAGGUCCAGUGUGGACCGGGCCGUCACAUGUGCCAGCUUGUGGGUGUGACUGCUGGCAGCCCUUAGCCACCAUGUCCUUUCGUGGUUUAUACCUCCAAGGUGGUUGUAACUGAAAUGGAACUGCCAAAGUGGUUGGUUUAGCAGCGAAACAGCCAUCUCUCCCUUUGUUUUGGGUAAGCUUGGUGGUCUGAAAGCGAGGAGAAAGGCAGUAUGUGAGACCAGUCUCUGGAGAUCAUACUGAGAUGUGGGCAUAAGGCUGAAUGCAUGUGCUGUCAGUCAGACCCCGCAGGGCCGGGCACGUCUGUCAGGGCCGUUCUUGAUGUUAGAGGUUCUGUAGUGUCAAGGCCUUGCUCUGCGUGGUUUGCGAGAUGCCAGGUUUCGCCUUCAGGAAGGCUGUGCCUUGUCGUGUUGGAUGUAACCCUGCACACCGUGUAAAUACAGCACCCCGUUCUCUGCAAUGUGCACAGUGCCUCACCACGGGCAGCCAGGGGCGAGCUUCUCCACGCAGCCAGUCCCCAGGUCUUAGACUCUCCUCCCUGCUUGAACAGAGUCUUGCUGCAGAUCUGUCCCGUUUUCCUGGUGGUUCUUGUAAGUGUCCUUGCGUGUGAACCUCAAGGCCGAGCCCAAGCAGAUGUGUGCGGCCCAGAGGGGGAGUGUGUCUAGCGCGUUUCUUGCACACACACAGCACAGUGACUUCGGGCUGAAAACAGAGUCCUUUGGCAAUCCUGAGGUUGGGUCAGGUGACACAUUUCCAGCAUUACUUAAUGACUUGCAUUGUGGUUUUCCUGCAAGUACCUUUAGCAACUUUAAUACCACAUGAUCUGCCACUCUAGAUGAAUGUGACAUGGGAUUAUUAUUCAUAUUAUUAUUUUGAUCGUCAUUCCAUUUAUUGUCUUUAGGGCUGAAGGAAGGGGAAGGGGUUUUUUUUUGUUUUUCCAUUUUUUUUCCAUUCUUUUGUCUUUUGGUGGCUUAAACCACACUUAAUGAUGCUGUGACUACUUCUGCUCCCUAGCCAAGUGUUUCAGGCUUCGUUUUAGGCUCAUGUUUCAGAUCUGCAUGCGUUGCUUGCAUUUUCCUGGUAUCUGAAUGUUGGUUCCUUGUUCUAGGAAUCCAACAUCAAUUUCCAAAAUUAUCAUGGGACUUGUGACAACACAAGACAUGAAUCUCUGUGUAAAAUGUAACGGCCUUCCUCAUGACCUGCUAUAGUAUUAUUGUGUCGUGUGUGCGUGUGUGAUGUCCGGCUGCCACAUAACCUUCAGAGGAGAACCUUCCAGGAGACCAUCCUUUUGCAUGCUCUAUUCUAGUAGAAUGUCCAAUGUAACUAACUAAACUGCAUGUUAAAGAUAUUUAGGUUUUUUGUUUUCUCUCUUUGUUUUUGUUUUCAGUUUUCUGUAUAUUUGCUUAUUGUGCUGUUUUAGUGGUUGUAGGAUAAAUGCACUGGUGAAGCAAUGUAGUGCCCACGAAGGUGAUUUUCCAGUGUCUCUUGUGCAGCAUUUGAAGGGACUGUGCAUUCUUACAACAGUCACAGUUACUUCUAAACCAGAUUUCAUUUCUGUUGUUGUUUCACGUGCCAAACCCCGAAGUGCAUUGGGCUUGACUCUCUGAACGCUGUGGACCCAUUAGAAGACUGUUUUGAUUGUCACAAAUUGUAGUGCCUGAAAACAUUCUUAAGCUGAUUGUCUUAAAAAAAAAAAGAAAGUUCUCCAAAGACAAAACAGGAACAAUUAUUAUAGCAAAACAUCGAUGGUCGAAAUGUCUGUGGUUCCUUGGAAAUGCUGCACUUUUUGUAUUUUCCAUCAUUAGUGCAGUUUGAACGAAUGUGUCUAGUUCAGAGGUCUUCGUGUUCGCAUUUUAAAAUUAGGUAAAUGACCUCAUCUCUCAAGCUUGAAUUUGUUUUUAAUUUUAUUUUAUACAGUGUGUAGACGGUCCCCUGUUCUCUGCAUUUAGAAGUAUAAACAAUAUAAAUCUGUUAAUUCUGUAAGUAAUUUUUAUAAUUAUGAUGUAACUCUAUCCUAUCCUUAAAACAUUUAAAAUAAACCCUUUAUGUGCAA